AUGUCUGGUGGGGUGGGGGGCAGGCUCCAGGUAAAGAAGAACAAGGCCUUUAGAAGGUUCAAGAAGCUCCAGGAGUCCAGACCUGAGUUCCACAACGUUAAACUGGAGGACCUGCUCCCACUGCCCAUACAGCGCAUCCAACAGUACAAGCAUUUCUUACGGGAUCUGACAGAGAACACUAGUCCAGACUACCCCGAGUUCCAACCGCUUUCAAGGUCGGUGAAGGCGGUCUCUGAGGUAUCCCAGCGUAUCCAGGACAACGCCCGCAGCCAUGACAACCACCUGCAGCUGCGGCGGGUGCAGAAACUGCUGAAGGGGAGAAAGACCAAGGUGGUGGCUCCAGGACGGUGGUACCUGCGUGAGGGCUGGCUGUGUACCGUCCCUCCUAAAGGAGCAGAGGCCAAGCCCAAGAUGUUCUUCCUGUUUAGUGAUGUCCUGCUCCAAGCCAAGCCCUGCCACGCCCUACAUCCCACCAACGGGGAUAAGUUUGCCGGCCAGAGAGUCUACCCUCUGAAGGACUGUACUGUGGACAAGGUGUUUGGGCACACCAAGAGCCAGGGAGGCCUUCUCAGUUUGACCUUCCCUAAAGCCAAGCUUCUGCUGAUGUCCAGCGAUCAGGAAGAUAUCAACGACUGGUAUUGCAGCCUGUCCUCUGCUGUAGGUCAGUUGAAGUCCAGGAACACAGUGGUCCAUCAGAGAGACCAUCUGGUCAGGAGACCUCUGCUCCGCUUUGUAGAGGACCAGGACAACCAAACUUCGCCCUCCAUACCACCCACCUCCACCCACACCCCCACCACCCCCGGGAGGAAGAGGAUGGCCCCCCCUCCACCCCAGACCCCCUCCACCUCCAGACAUACUCCUCCAGCAGGAGCAGAGGGCAGUGUCUCCAAGAGAAUGAAGCUGACUGAGGGGCCAGCUGAGAGCUCAGGUCUCUGUCUCCUCUACAUCAUCUGA